AUCCUCUUCUGAAAAGUGGGCAGAGGAGUCGACCGACCGUACAAGGCAACGCAACCAUGAUUGUAAAAAAACAGAAGUAUCGCAUUGAAGUAUUAUAACGAGCUUGUCUAUUUAGUUGAUAUCUAUUGAAUACUACAUUUCUCAUGCGGAUGCAUUCCAUGAUUUUAUUGUAAUGAAUUGUUGAGCUUCGUUGAAGUCUCGGAUCAAGGUUUGCAUCUGCGCUGUCGCCGGGUGCUACGUGCGAGACUCUAACCAGCUUUUUCUCCAACCAAGACUAAAAUGGAUUGUAUAUUUUCGUUUAUCCUGAAUUUCUCAACAUGCUAUGACUCGCCACUUUCUACAUUCACUACCCCUGUUUGUACGAUGCUUACCGCGCGAAAUAAGUCUAACCACCACUCGCAGGAAAAUGUCUCCCAUACCGCGGACAACAUGGACGAUGGUAUUCACUUGAACAGGAGAGCUAACCGGUAUGCUAUUGCUAGUCUUUCGGUGUAAGAAGAUGGAUAAGGGACAACAGUAAUGGAUGUUUCACCUGCAAUUAUGGACAGUGCUCUGGAGUGCACACUAAGUUAUUCUCAAAUGUGUCGCUAGCAACUUCCAGCGAAACGAACAGCUCUCAAAAUCAAGAUUACGUUAGCUAGCCCGGUAACAGCUGCUCAAACUAGCAUUAUUAGCACUAGUUAGCUAGAUAACUAACGUUGGUUCUUGUUAUCCUUUAUUGCCAGACUAAAGUUUGAUUGGCAUGUUUAUUUUGGCAGUCUAGUUAAUACGAGUUAUUAAUAUAUUGUGAAUUAGCUACUAUAUGUCAGCGUGUUAAAUUGCCCUACACGUGUACGUUAGCUACCUAACUAACCAAAAAGCUUUAACAAACUUCCCAGCAGCAAGCUGUCAAGCGGUAUUCUUGAUCGAAAAUGUACUAAUGUAUCUUGCAUAGUGACCAUUUGUUAGCCACAAGCCAGUAUUGAGAAUGUUUAGAAACAUGAAUCGCGAGGAACACUUUUCUGGUGUGAAGACGCCUCCAUCCACUCCCGCCGGGCAUGGAGUGGCCUCUCCCCGACAACCAAACCAGGAGCGCUCGUGGAUGGGCAUGUUCUCCGCGGUUUCUAGGCCUGCCCUGUCAUUUCUGCAAAAGUAUAUACCAUGGCGCCCUAGUACUCCUGCCAUGCCUCACAAUGUGACAGGGUGGGUCAGUGGGAAUUUCAAAGAUAACUUUGUAGAGGCAGAAAGCAAUUUUUUAGGACAACUGGACGACGUCUUGCCUGGACCUCAACACCAUGCACAUCAUCUAUCGUACCUGCAAUACCAGCAUGGUAGCCCUGGGCUAGCAGCGUCAGGUAAUAGUACUCCGAGUUGGUUGACAGCAGAUUCUCUUUAUGAGUUAGGGAUUCAAAAUGCUGCAGAAAUGGACUUAAAUAUAAGGCAACAAACUUCGGUAGGAUACCUCGCAAUCGCGAGAGGUUUUCUCAGUCAUGUUUUGUUGAACGCAGCGUCGGCUCAGGAAAUGAAACACCCAGACCAAGGGCAUGUACUUGGUGGGAACGGUUGGUCAUCUGACGCGGUGUCAGCCAGAGAAAAUAGUACCGCUGGUAACUGGUGGGGUGGGCUUUGGGGAACCAGUAGCGCCCAAGGGUGGCUGUCAAAUUUGUCUUGGAGAAAAGAGUGCACUGGGGAAAACAACAGUAAUGGUCAUUGUUUUCAACCGGAGUGUGGUACAAAGGCUACGGUUACCAAGCCAACAGGGCUGUUUGUACAUUUCGAUGAUAACGAAUCAAUGGAUGGCAAAAGCACUGGCGCCUCCUGCAACAAAGAGGAGCCAAAUGACAAUGGAAGCCUUCAAACAGCCACCUGGCCAGAGUCUCUCCCUUUCCCUGACUGUUUCUCAUUACAUCACUGGGAAACAGUCGGUAUCAGUGAUCAUCUUGUCAGAGUUGGAGCUGUCACUGCCUGCAGUGAGGUGGCAGUUUUUACCCCUGACCAGGAUAAUGGUUAUUCCAGUCUGGAAGAAGAACACUCCACCUCCAGACUGUACAUGUUAAGGCCUCCCAUUGAAGAGCUACAGGGGAUCACAGAGAUGAAGGAAGAGACCAUCACAUCUGACACACCAACACAGGGGAGCUCUGGAGAGAGUGGGCUAGAGAGGGAUGCAUCCAAUCAUAGAGAAGUGGGUGAGACUGCUGCCACUGGAGGGAUGGAAUUAGAGGAGGAGGAAGAAAUUGAGGACUCUGACUUCUCAGACUCUGAGGAAGAGGAAACAGCGGCUGAGGGUCCACCAGUGUCUACCACCGCUCUGCCCCCCUCCACCCCCCAGUGCAGUAACAAGGCCAUCGCCUACAUCAUGGGCAGCCCCUGCAGCGACGACAGCCAAUCAGACGACUCACUCAGCGAGGAGGAUGACGAUGGUUUCGACAGCGAGGGCUCGUCAGAAUUCUCCAAUUCCGAGUUGUUGGAUGACGAUGAAGAGGAGGAUGACUCUGAGACUGAGAGACUGUGGAACUCACUGUGCCAAAGCAGGGACCCCUACAACCCCCAAAACUUCACCGCCCUCAUUACCAACCCCAGGACCAUCCCCUCCACCUCUACAGCCACCACAGCCUGCUCCCCUCACACCCCACCCCCAGAGCAACCUCCCUCUCCCCUCUCCUCUUCUUCCCCCUCUCCUGCGGAGGAGUUUGGCUCGGAGUCCAGCAGCAGUGAGGUGGAUGAGGCUGAGAGCCUGAGGCUGUGGGACUCCUUCAGUACCUCCUCAGACCCCUACAGCCCAUUCAACUUCCAGGCCCUGCUCAGGACUAGAGAGCCAGUCAGGGGUACAAGGGUAAAAGCCGGGACAGGGGCGCGCUGUAAGAAGAGCAGCAAGACAACCCCCCGUCAUGGACAGGGACAGAGCCACUCACCCCCCCAGUACAGGAAGGAGGAGGCAGAGGAGAGACUGGACAGUGGCUUCUCAGAGAUCCCUCCCAACCCAGAGAUCACCACCACGGGCUGCGUCACAGUCAAAAAGGUGGGUUUCUGUGAUGAGGUGGAUGAGUUCUACGCCAGCGAGGACGAUGAGGACAGGCGUGGGCCGUGGGAGGAGCUAGCCAGAGACCGCUGUCGCUUCCUCCGCCGUGUUCAGGAGGUGGAGGAGAGCAUCGGCUACGUGUUCAGCUCCACCUUCCGCCUCACCGUCUGCCAGAGACAACACCACAGCUGACCCCUAACCUCUGACCCCUACAACACACCUGAUCGUAAAUCCUGUUUCUCUGUGACCCUCUAACACCCCUCCCUGUCCCUAAAUCCUAUUUUCAACAGACUGCAUCAGAAUUUCUUAGUCAUCCCCCCUACCCAGUGAUCCUCCCCCAACUCCCAAACCUUCAGACUGGAUGUGCAGAAAUAACCACUUCAGAGCUGUUGACUAGACCAGUGGUUUCCAGACUGUUGACUAGACUAGUGGUUUCCAGACUGUUGACUAGACUAGUGGUUUCCAGACUGUUGACUAGACUAGUGGUUUCCAGACUGUUGACUAGACCAGUGGUUUCCAGACUGUUGACUAGACCAGUGGUUUCCAGACUGUUGACUAGACCAGUGGUUUCCAGACUGUUGACUAGACCAGUGGUUUCCAGACUGUUGACUAGACCAGUGGUUUCCAGACUGUUGACUAGACCAGUGGUUUCCAGACUGUUGACUAGACCAGUGGUUUCCAGACUGUUGACUAGACCAGUGGUUUCCAGACUGUUGACUAGACCAGUGGUUUCCAGACUGUUGACUAGACCAGUGGUUUCCAGACUGUUGACUAGACCAGUGGUUUCCAGACUGUUGACUAGACCAGUGGUUUCCAGACUGUUGACUAGACCAGUGGUUUCCAGACUGUUGACUAGACCAGUGGUUUCCAGACUGUUGACUAGACCAGUGGUUUCCAGACUGUUGACUAGACCAGUGGUUUCCAGACUGUUGACUAGACCAGUGGUUUCCAGACUGUUGACUAGACCAGUGGUUUCCAGACUGUUGACUAGACCAGUGGUUUCCAGACUGUUGACUAGACCAGUGGUUUCCAGACUGUUGACUUGACCAGUGGUUUCCAGACUGUUGACUUGACCAGUGGUUUCAGGUGGGUUGCUUGUGCGUUACAAAACAUAGAUAUACUCUUUUAAUGCAUUUUUGGGAUGGAAAAAAGAGUUAUUCGUAAACUGAAUCAUCUAAAUAGAGAGUGUGUACAAAAGACAAUGGACCUGUAUAUUUUUCCUCAUAAAAAUGGCUUAAAAUAUCAUUUUUAAUUUCAGCUUCAGUAAAAAAUGUGUAGACUUACAGGAAAUACGCUUUAAAUCUGCAACAUUUUUACUUUGUUCUGUGCAUGUUUUUUUUCACCUCAAUUUAUGGAAGUAAAACGUUUGGGAACCCAUGGACUAGAAGACAUCCCCUCACACCUCUCUCUCCUGGCCCCUUACUGUCAAUCUGGGGUGUUGAAGACUUGAUAAUACAGAUUUUUCUUCCUGCCUGCUUCCUGAUCGUUUGCUGUUUUGUUUGAAUCUCAGUGGAGUGAUUACCUAAUAUAGGAUAUGAUUAAGGGCGACUGCAUAUUGCUAACUAGGAGGUAUACAGGUAAUGUAAAGGUAGAAGGGCUUACUGGUUCCAGUGGGACAAACAGUCUAACACAGAGCAGCUAUUCUGCUGAGCCGUGUGCUCAGUAACCUGACUGGAAAACAGAACUCUACACAAGACACUUCAGCCAAAAGUGUAUUUUAUAUUUCAUUUUAAAAUGGAUUUUUAUUAAUUUGUCCUUUUGAUUUUAAUCUGCCCUUUUGGCGUUGCUCCGUCCUUCUCUCUGACACAUCCAUCUGGGUCUCUGCUCUCAGUAGUGUUCUCAGUUUCAUGUCAUUGUGAUCUGAACCCAGGUCAGUAUUUAAGGGGUUCGGUAUAAUCCUACUCGGCACCCACAGCCAAAUGUCACACUGCUCUCCGGAGCUGGAUUGGGGUUUAAGAGCUUUUGGAAAGCAAACUUGGUUUUGAAUGAGUUUAUUCUUUCCUUUUUAUAGAUGUUAUCUUCCUGUAAACCAUGCCAUGCAGAGUACACACUAACAUUGACAGUGUUCUAUUUGAUCCUAAGCAGGGGGUGUAAAACACUCCACAACUGUAUUGGUGGUUAGUGUUAAAACCAAGCCUGUGUUGUAGUAGUGUCUUCCUGGUUUCAAUAAUUUCGCAGGACCAAGUUUGGGAAAGCCUGAUUGAGCAGGCGCUCUUAUUGAGAGUGACUUACAGGUAUUUAUUGCCAAACACGCAGGUAUUUCUAGUGAACAGUCAGUAGAGCUCCUCUGACUAUUUCUGGGCUGAAGUGAAGGCUAUAAGGGUUAAGUGGAAGUAUGUGCAUGAUCCUUGUCUUAAAUGGCCUCCUUUCCUCUAUCUACUUCCCUCACGGUGGUUCCUAGAAUAAACAAUUGCUUUCCUCUAUCUACUUCCCUCACGGUGGUUCCUAGAUUAAAGCAAUUGUUUAUUCUAUCUACAAUUUGCACCAAUAGACCUUCAAUAAUGCUUUCUCAAAUGUAAAGCUUGCAUCCAUCAAUGGUCAUCUUGGAAAGGAGAUGUGUUAAGGAAGCCCUUCUCUAGCUACACAUCUUAAUUGCUUUUCGUGAGACCCAAAGUCACUGAACUUAAACCUCUUACUAUUUAACCCUGUGAUGCUUCUACGGACCCAGUGUUGUGUAUCUAUUGUUGAGGGGUUAGUGUCCCUACUGUGGAUAAAGGGUUAACCUCUGUGACCAGGUGGGGGAAAAGCAGGGAUGUGAAACGCACAUUAUUCUGAAGUGAUUCUCAGAAUGAAAAAAAAUACAAUAUGAAAGCUGUGCUCGGAUCUGAAGAAUAUAACUCUUUAACUUGGUGUUAUUUUAGUCAGUACAAUUAACAUGAAAUUGUUUUAUUUUUGUAAAAUUUAGAAUAAGUUAGUUGCGCUGCAUAACUUAUACAUUUUGAAUCCAUAUUCAUUGAAAAUAAAUCAAUAUUGAAUUAUGAA